UGCGGUUCCGGUUCCGGUCUGAUGGGGGCGCUGUUGUGUCGUGCUGAAGCGGAAGUGAACGAAACCCAAACAAAUUCACGUGGGGCCACAGAGCGGAGCACGGAGGAACAGACUCGUGGAUUUAUUUACUUUUUUAUUUUUUUAUUUUUUUUUACUUUUAUUAAACUUUUAAAUCUCUAAACUGCAGAUUCCCGCGGACAUGGACGAAGAGCUCACGUCGGGAUACUCGGAGCCGUGUCCGCGCUGCUCUGAGACGUUCUGGGGAGUCACAGACGAUGGACAAUUCUUCUGCCAGAACUGCCACAACGUCAUCGAGAGGACGAGAGACGUCGUGGAGGCCGCUGCCCCGGGGAUGUCCAGAGUGUCCAGCAUCAAGAAGGGCCCCAGAGUCAAGAGAGCAGAGGGGGGGCGUCAGUGGUUCGUCUGUGAGGGGUUCCAGUUCAUUCUGAAGUCUCAGGCUGAAGCUCUGGUGCAGCUCGGAGUCGACCACAAGUUUAAGGACGAGGUUCUGGUCCGUCUCUGGAGGUUGUAUCUGCAGAAGAGUCGUCAGGCGUACACCUACAGGCCCGUGUGCAGCGCCUCCUUCAGGAUGGCCUCUGCCAGCUCGGACUCAGAGGGCGGUCCGGACUCAGGAUCUGGUCUGGACUCGGUGUCAGGUCUGGACUCUGGGUCUGAACUGGACUGCAGGUCCGUAGCGGGAUCUCAGAUCUACAGCCAGGACUCUGACGGGUCUCAGGUCAGCGCAGUCGGGUCAACGGCCUCUGGCAGGGCGCCCUCUGAUUGGUCGGUGGGCUCGUUGGACAGCGAGGCGUUCGUGUCUCAGUCGGGGAGGAGGAGGAGGGGGCAGAUGUCCAUGAAAAAGACUCUGGCUCUGCUCUACGUGGCUCUGGUCUGGAGUCGACAGCAGCUCACGCUCACCGACCUGCUGAGUCUGGUGGAGCAGGGCCUGGUGCCGUACCUCAACGCCUACGAAUGUUUCCCCGAAGAAAUGAAACUCAACAACAGAGACGGCCUCAUCUUCAGAGUCCUGUCCAUCCCGUCUUACUCUGUGAUUCACUCCGAGUCCAAAAAACUGGUCAGUUUCCUUCAGCUUCCAGCUUUUCCUCCGAUCACCUCCCAGAGUCUCCUGCACCCGCUGAACCUGAGCCGCAGAUACAUGACGGAGCUCAACCUGCCAGAUGAAAUGUCCAAGUGGGUGGAGUCGGUUCUGGACCAGGCCGACCUCAUGACCUCCAGCUGUUUGACCUUUGACCCCAGUCGUCGUCCUAAGCCCCGCCUUCCUCAUUACGAGCUGCUGGCCGCCGCCGCCAUCGUCGUCGCCAUGAAGCUCCUGUUCGGACUCGACGACAAAACCGAGUGGGAGUUGUCUUCUGAAGCCUCCUCAGAUGAAUCAGGAGACGUGUUCAGUGUGAGGAGGUGGUAUCGUCUGCUGCAGGCGGCUCUGCUCCGGAGCCACAGGAGGAGACUCCACCUCAAAGCCCAGAAGCAGUGGGUCCCAAAGAAUCCGUUUUAUUUCACUCAUAAAGAAAAGAUCGUGGCUCUGAAACGCAGACGAGUGUCCGUGCAGCUCACUUCCUGUUUCAAACGCCUCUCGUCCGAUCGUGACAGCGACACCCACAGUGCGGCUCAGAGGGGCGGGGCCUGCACCUCUCACUUCCUGUGGGGGCGGGGUCUUGAUGCGGAUGGGCGGAGCAUGCGUCACAUGACCCUGAAGGGCGGGGCCAGGAUCUCAGCGGCCAGUCAGCUUUCAGACGAGAGCUACUGGCACGCCCCCUUCACGGACUGUCGGAGGCACCUGUGGUCUCUCCGGGCCGACGUUCCUCGGAUGUUCCUCUGGCUCCUCGACCUUUUCUGCUUCGUGCUCCAGCUGAAGUGGGACGUUUUGUUUCAGGCCGUGUCGACGUUGGAGCGAAUCCUUUUCAAAAGCCAAAACCCACGGAGCCGGAAAAAUCUCAAACGACGACAGAAAAACACAGAAACGCGGGAAAGCCCUGAAAAACCAAAAAGCCCCGAAACACGAAAAACCCCGGAAAGACGGAAAAAUCCCACACGACUGAAAAGCCCCGAAACACCGACAAAGAGACUCUUGAGACGCUGCAGGGCCGAGCGUGAAGAGGGAACGCUCUGAAUAUUCCACGGAUACACGGACUUUUCAAACUUUUCUGGGAAUAAAGAAUGUAAAGAUUUUUAAUUUUAUUUAUUUUUUUAAUUUACGGUCGUACAAAUGAAUAAUAAUGUUUAUGACGGCGCAAAAGUUUAUUGUUUUAUGAUCGAACAAAAUAAACCUCAAUGACAAUGAAAAAAAUGUUAAGGAUUUUUAAAUUUUCUUACUAACUACUUACGAACUAAUAAUGAUGAUAAAGACGGCACAAAAUUUUAUUGUUUCUGAUCAUAUCAAAAUAAAAAUUCAUGUUAAAAUGUAAAAUAAAAUCAUGUUUUUAGUUCA